AUGUUGGUUUCGAUGGCAUUGUCUCGCCCGGACGACCACGACUACUUCGACGACUUCCAGGACGAGGGCACCACCGUGACGCCAGGCCGUCUCCGUGCGAUGAUCAACAAGCUCCUUGAGUCGACCGACAUCAAAAUCGGCGAGUUCCAGAAGAUGAUCGGCGUCAACGCGAACUCGUGGGGAAAGUUCAUGCACGGCAAGUACAAGGACCCGUGGUCGGCGACGCAGAACGGCACAUACUUCGCGGCCGCAUAUUUCUUCUACCGCGAACGCAAGCUGGGCAAGCACGCGCUCGGCAAGACGCGGGCGCACAAGGCGUCCGCGAGCGACAGCCUCGGCCGGAACGUCUUCGCCUGA